AUGCUGCUGUUGAAGUUUCCCACUCCUAAUGGCCCAGGCACGGUGCGCGGCGACCAACUCGGGGCCCGAAGCUGCUACGCUUCAGCAGUCAAAUCCACCAAUCGCCAACAUAGGAGUGAAGCCCUUGCGGUAACCCAGGCUCCCGCCCCUCCCCAAGCUGGCACAGAACCACCUGAGGACCCAAGGGAGGAGUCCAUCACACCACAGGCCGAACCUAUGGAGGACCUGGAACUGGUUACCCUUCAUGACGACAUCCCGGAUCGGCAGGUCCGGAUCGGCACCUCCAUCUCGCCAGAGCUUCGCUCUGACCUGGUCGCCUUCCUCCGCCUCAACUCCGAAGUCUUUGCAUGGUCCUACAAUGACAUGCCUGGCAUAUCACCAGACAUCAUAUCCCAUAGGCUUAGCGUCAAUCCUGCCGUCCGACCAGUUCGACAGAAGCGUCGAGCUUAUGACCCCGAGCGCUAUGAGGCCAUGAAGGCGGAGGUGGAUCGAUUGAGUAGUAUCCGAUUCAUCAGGGAGGUUGACUAUCCCACAUGGCUGGCCAAUGUCGUAAUGGUUCGUAAACCAAGAAAGGGCUGGCGCAUGUGUGUCGAUUACACCAACCUCAACCGGGCUUGCCCGAAAGACAGCUUCCCCCUACCCCGCAUUGACCAGUUGGUCGACGCCACGGCAGGCCACGCCCUCCUUAGCUUCAUGGAUGCUUAUUCAGGUUACAACCAGAUCUUCAUGCAUCCCGAAGACCAGGCCCACACCUCUUUCAUCACGGACCGAGGCCUCUCCUGCUAUAAGGUGAUGCCCUUUGGCCUCAAGAACGCCGGGGCUACAUACCAGCGUCUGGGGGAUCUCAUUAGCCGUAAAGAGACAAUUCCAGCUCUGAAAACACACAACUCAAACUCUCCAGUAGCAUUUUGCUACAAACUUAACCUACUCAUGUCUUUACUUCAAUGCCUUGUGCUAAUUGUUUCUCUCUCUAUCAAAACCUCAGUUUCUUCUGCACACCUGAAUAUCCCACGGCUGAGUCCAAAUGGAGGAACAUUUUUCCGCAGAAAUUAUUUUGCACACGACCAGCAGAAAACUAUGUCUGCUGCUGAUCCAAUUAAUGAUUUUGAAACAUUUUAUUAUAACCAAACACUUGACCAUUUCAACUUCAGGCCUGAUAGCUUCAAUACUUUUCAACAAAGAUAUUUGAUCAAUUUCAAGCAUUGGGGUGGCUCUAAUGUUAGUGCACCAAUAUUUGCUUACCUUGGCGAAGAAGACGCAAUUGAUGUUGAUCUCUCUAUUAUUGGCUUUCUGAACGAGAACGCCCAUCAGUUCCAAGCUCUCCAGAUAUUUAUAGAGCACCGGUACUAUGGGAAAUCAGUCCCAUUCGGAUCAAGAGAAGAGGCAUUUCAAAAUGCAGACACUCUUGGGUACUUCAACUCAGCCCAAGCGCUAGCAGAUUAUGCAGAGGUCCUCAUUCACGUAAAGAAGAAACUCCAUGCUCAGCAUUCUCCGGUGAUUGUUAUCGGGGCAUCGUAUGGUGGAAUGCUUGCUUCAUGGUUUCGGCUAAAGUACCCCCAUGUUGCUCUAGGAGCUCUAGCCUCAUCAGCUCCAAUUCUUUACUUUGAUAACAUUGUUCCCCCGGAGGAUGGAUAUUAUUCAAUUGUUACCAAAGAUUUUAGGGAAGCGAGUGAGACUUGCUACCAAACUAUAAAGAAGUCGUGGUCUGAAAUUGAUGCAAUUGCUUCUCAGCCUGAAGGCCUCUCAUUUCUUAGUGAGAAAUUUCACACUUGCAGGCCCUUGAAGAAAUCGUCCGAGCUGAAGAACUACUUGGAUAAUUUGUAUUGUAACGCAGCUCAAUACAAUAGUCCACCAAGUUAUCCAGUCACUGUUGUAUGUGGGGCCAUUGAUGGAGCUUCUCAUGGAAAUGAUACUUUAAGCAAAAUAUUUGCUGGUGUUGUUGCGUACAGAGGAAACAAGUCAUGCUAUGUUAACGAACCCAAAAAUAAAUCCGAAACAGAUGUAGGGUGGAGAUGGCAGACAUGUAGUGACAUGGUGAUUCCGAUGGCCGGCGUCAGCAACGACAGCAUGUUUCCAGCUUACCAAUUUGACCUAAAAGACUACAUCAAAUCCUGCAAGGCACAGUAUGGCGUCCCUCCUCGACCUCAUUGGGCCGCUACUUACUUUGGAGGCCAUGAUAUAAAACUAGCACUUGAAUGGUUCGCUAGCAACAUUAUUUUCUCCAAUGGGCUAAGAGAUCCUUACAGUAGUGGCGGAGUGUUGGAGGACAUAUCAGACACCGUCGUUGCCGUCCAUGCAAAGAAUGGGUCUCAUUGCUUGGAUAUCCUUAAUGCAAACAACAUUACUGAUCCAGACUGGUUAGUAAACCAGCGGAAAAUUGAGGUGAAGAUCAUUAAACGUUGGAUAGCCAAGUACUAUGCCGACCUUCAGGCAUUUAAAAAAUAGAUAAGAUGUCUCAUGGAAACUUGAUUAGGGCAAAGAUCCUUUGCUAAAGACAGUUAAGGGUGGG